UGUCAAUGCUUAUGUUAACUCAAUAUUUGUACCUAUCAACCAGUUUUAGCAAAAAGAGAAAAAUAGUGGAAUUAAAAGAGUUAGAAGCACAUCUCCGUGAAAAAAAUGCUCUUUAAAUCAUCAACAAGAAAAUUUUAAACAUGUCUUCUGAAAAUUGUAUAUCAUACACAAAAUUGUGUGGAAUCGUUUGUUGUCCCCCGUUUCCGUCAAGUUGGGUAUCAAAGUUAGCUUUUUUUCCACCAGCUAUUAAAACAUAUGAGCUUAUUCCAACACAAACUAAUUCAAAUCGAUUUGCCCUUUAUUUAUCACCGGAAUUUUGUCAUGCUAGCCUAUAUCAACUAAUACAGCAAGAUGCUCGCUUCAUGCAAACAUCAAAAGGAAGUAUUAUCGCUGUAGUGUUUAUAAAAUGCACCGAGAACAAGAACUACACUAUUCUCUACAGCCAUAAUAAUGCUAAUGAUAUUGGGUCUGUCUUUGACUUUUGUAUAGAUCUAAGUUUGAAGACUGGUUGUGAUGUCGUAACAUAUGAUUACUCAGGUUAUGGCAGAAGCACCGGGAAACCAUCUGAAAAGAAUAUUUACGCUGACAUCAAAGCUGCGUGGGAUUGCAUACUUGCAUUCUAUGAACCAAAUCCACAAAAAAUUAUAUUAUUUGGGGAAAGCAUCGGAACAGUGCCAACAAUUGAUUUGGCGUCUAAAGUGAGGUGUGGUGGCGUCAUAGUUCAGUCCCCCAUUAUGUCAGCUUUAAGAUUUGUCUGCCCAAAUGACAAUAACUGUAGAUUUUUCGAUUGUAUGAACAGCGUACGGAAAGUGAGAAAAGUGACUGCACCUGUCUUGGUUGUCCAUGGUACAGAAGAUGAUUUAGUCGACUUCACUCACGGGGAAACCAUAUAUAAAAAUUGUCCAAGAGCUGUUGAGCCACUGUGGUUAGAAGGAGUAGGCCAUCAUGACAUUGAGCUAGAUGAAGAAUAUGUUGACAGGCUUCUUAAAUUUAUGCAUGAAGAUAUCGCCUCCUAGUGCAUGCGACUUUAUUAAUUGCAUAUCUUUCCAAAAUUUACAUAUCACUCUAAAAAUAAAUAUAUUAAAAAAAAUAUUAA